GACAACUCCAGAGCCAAACCGUUGCUGAUUUUUUUUGCUUUGCUCAUCCAUGUUUGUAAACGUUAAGUUACAGCUUUGGUAGAAAGCCCACGAAAUGAGACGCCUGGGUUCCGUACAGCAGAAGAUACCGUGUGUGUUUCUGACUGACGUGAAGGAAGAACAGUCCAGAAAACGCGACUGUCAGCAAUUUCAGGUUGUUGCCACAGAAAAUGUGAACCCUGUUGCUCUGGAGGCUAACAUACAUAGUGCGCUUGCCACUGAAAAACUUGAUGGCACCUGUUGCUAUGUUACAGUUUAUAAAGGGCAGCCUUACCUGUGGGCUCGACUUGACAGAAGACCAAACAAACAAACAGAGAAGAGGUUUAAAAAGUACCAACAUUCUCACAAAAGUUGUAAAGGUUUCACGUGGAACAUAGAGGAAGAUUUUAAACCGGUGCCAGAAACAUGGAUCCCAGCUCAUGGAGUCAAACAUCACAGCGGCCGUCCAGUGCCCGAUGAACAUGGACAUAUUCCAGGCUGGGUUCCAGUGGAGAGAGACAACAAGCAGUACUGCUGGCACUCCUCUGUGGUGGAUUACAACGUUGGGCUUGCUCUUGUUCUCAGGCCUCGACGUGACAACGAAGACAUGUUAGAAAUCACAUCAGUCCCAUUAGCUGAGCUCCAAGAACAAACACUGGAGCUUAUUGGAACCAAUAUCAAUGGAAACCCCUAUGGGCUGGGCAGCAAAAAGCAGCCUGUCCACUGCCUGGUUACACAUGGGAGUGUUCCAAUCAGAAACCCACCACCUGUGGACUUCCAGCAGCUGUGCUCCUGGUUUCACGAGAAUCCAGACGGUCGAGUAGAGGGCAUAGUCUGGCACUGCAGUGAUGGCACUCUCAUCAAGGUUCAUCGUCAUCACCUGGGACUGAAGUGGCCAGAAGCGAACACUUGCCUUGGAAACAAGCCGACGGCCAUCCGUGUUGACGCUUAUGGCAGCACAGACUUGUUUACAUCGUUUGUAGCACUAAAUGGACACAGCUUCAGCCGGCUUCAGGACAUUCACUUUGAGCUAUAAGUCCAUGCGGUGAAAACAGAUUUCUUUUCUCUCCGGAUCUUGUGAGGAUCUGCCGCUUUGCUGAUAGAUCCCUGAUAUUUCAUCUGUAAUUCCAUGCGAGUGAUUUACAAUCCUAUACUCAUAUAGAUUAAUUUAUUCCACAGAAACCAGUUAAGAACUGCUGCUUUUUGAAUUCAUGAAAGUCUUAAGAGUAGCUUACUGUGAGUGAGCUGUUAGUGGAAGAAAUAAGGAGAAAACUGACUGCCAAAGUUUAACGUUUGGCACCAAAAAGAAACGGUGGAGUGAAUCAAAACUUAAGAUGGUUUUUGCAGAGAUGUGUACUGCUUUAAUGUAAAAAUAACUGACCAACUUGGCAUUUUUUUUUAGCAAGUUAAGUUAUUAAAGGGAACCCUGGCUAUAAAGACAUGUUUGCGCUAAAAAAUGCACCAUGCUUUCAAUAACAUAUAUGUGGUAUUAAAAUACGCCAAAUGUUUUCCUUUUAAGGACAUUUUAUUUAAAACCGAUUUACCAGUAGGCCGCCAUUGUUAUUUACUUCUCAAUGCACUCUGGGUAGUGAUGUCAUAUGGUCGCACCGCAUCGAGUUCACAGCAGCACACUGGAAAUGGCUUCUGUUCAACCUUUCCAGUUUGAACCAGAAUAAUCCGAGAAAGAGAAUGAAAAUAGUCAACCAGUACUUAUUUUAGAUGAAGAUGAAAACAAUCCGUCACACGAGGACGCGAGAGUGAGGGAAAACUACUGGUGUCUAUGCGGCUACUGCUUGCCCGUGCCAAAUCCCCGACAGAAUUUGUUUCCCCUGCGUUGGGACCUUGGUACAACAUCGGACGGGAUUAUUUAAAUAAACCAAUGACAUUUUGGCUGAUCAUUAUUUGUAUCCUUCUGUAACUGUACAGAACUGUACUGAGAUAAAACCUCCAAAAUUUCAGGAGCAAUACGUCUUUGGACAGGGGGAACAAAUUGUGGUAGAAUCAGCCUGAUAUUAUUUGUAUCACACUGUAACUUUACUGUAUAAAGAGCUAACAUCUCCAAAAUUUCUGGACUAGUUAUUCAUUAUAAGAAGUGUUUAUGAACUAAAAAUCACGAACGUGGGAUACUGUUAGUCCAUGCCAGUGUAUGCUCCCGACACAGGGGAAACAAAUUCUGUCGGGGAAACCUAGUUUGGCACGACGGCUUCAAAGUUUUGGUGCACUGUGUUGCAUGGAGAAUCUGUAAAAAAUAACGAUAUGGUAAUUUCACUGUAUAAUAAAAAUUAGAAUUCUA